AUGGAGUAUCGAUAAGUUAUAUAGACUUUGUUUUCUUUGUUAAAAAUUAAUUAUAGUACAUAAAUAUUAUAGCUUUUCAUUAAAAUAAUAAUACAAUGGGAGAUAGAAAAUUAGCAAUUUGAUAAGAAUAAAGAUUUUAUCAUUUCACAACUUGCAGUAUUGCAUCUGUUAAUGUAAAUUUAAUACAAAAUAUCAAUAACCCAGAAGAUAUUGAAGGAUUGUGAACAUUCAUAUAUUAUUCAUAUAGCGCUGAUGAAAAUAAAGCUCUAGCAUUUAUCAAAUAUUUUGAUGAUAAUAUUCAAUCUAAAAACUCAUAAGACUAUGCAUCCAGCAGUUAAAUUCUUGAAAUACAUAUUAAGAGGGAACGAUAAUAAGAGAUAUCCAGGAUUUAAAGGCUAAUUCAGAUUAGUCACAUUCUCAACACAAUCAUCAAUAUUAAUUCCAUUAAAAUCAAAUCAAAUCAUAAAGGAUCCAAUCUAAAGAUAAAAUAUGGAGAUGACUUAGUACAAAGAAAAUUUUGAUGGGAUGAUAAAAAAUAACCAUAAGAAUAUUCGUUCAGAUGAUGGUAAAAAAAAAAGAGGGAUGGACCUAGUCUUAAUGCUUAGUUUAACUUAUUCAGAGUAACAAUCAAAGACACAUCAAAAGAUUAAUUCUUAGGAGAUAGAACAUUUUCAGGAUGGAUUGAAUUUGGUAACUUGCAUAUACCAACUUAUCCAUAAACUAAUAUGAAUGGCGCUGGU